UCCUGGCCGGUUCUGCCUCGCGUGCUCGCAGUUGGACCGUUCGUGGACCGGACCGAGCUUAGAUACUGGCAUCUGUCGAUCUUCAUUUUUCGUUUCGCACUUUAAAAUUGAAUUUGCCCGAAAGGAAAAUCUGUAGCUAACUUUUAGAACUACCAAGUGAUAUAUUUGGCAGGUGUCGCAUUGGGAAGAAGGCACACUACGCGGAGGCAACUCGUUUUAUGUACGAGUCUGUCAACGUCAACUAACGGUAACGGUCACAAAAAGGUUAUCUGAAAGCUGGUAGCGCUGAGGGGUGACAGAGAUGACAGAAGAGCUCGAGCAGAUUCUUUCGCAGCUCACACAGCCUGAUAAUGCAAUUAUUCAGCAGGCCACAGCCCAGCUGAAACAGGCGUUCAAAGACCCAGCUAUUAUUCCAGGCUUGUGUGCGGUCAUGAGUGGCUCCCAAAACCCUCAGAUCCGUCAGUCAGCUGCAGUGAUGCUGAGGCUGAGGGUGAAGAAACACUGGAAGAAGAUCAGCCCUAAUGACAGAGAGAGUCUGAAGGCAGUGGUGCUGCAGGCUUUCAUGCAGGAAACCGAGCACACGGUGCAGCAUUCACUCUCCCAGCUGUGCGCUGUAAUGGUUAAACAUGAGACACCAGACCGUUGGCCUGCCCUGCUCCAGCUUCUCAAUCAGUCCACCAAGAGCGGCAACCCUCAUGACAGACAGGUUGGUCUCCUGCUGCUGAACAAGGUGAUCGAAUCCAACCCUGAGCCUUUCAAGCCCCACUACUGCCAGCUGCUGCAGCUGCUUCGUAGUGUGCUGGAAGACCACAACAACCCUACAGCUCUGUACUAUUGCAUCCUCACCCUCACAGCCAUAACAGCAUUCACUGGCACAGAAGAGAUGCACCUGAUGCGUUCCAUCCUCCCAAAUCUGAUUGUUGCCCUGAAAUGCCUCAUCAAGGCUGAUGAGAACCAAGCCAGUGAGGCCAUGGAGGUGUUUAAUGAGCUCAUGGAGAGUGAGGUGUCCAUUAUCGUCCCACAUGUUGCUGACGUCGUCCGCUUCUUCUUGGAGGUCGGCAGUGACACCAAUCUGAGUGACUCUCUGCGAGUGAAAGCGCUCUCUUGCGUCACCUUCCUCAUCAAGUUGAAGAGUAAGACGGUGCUGAAGCAGAAGCUCCUGAACCCAAUCCUGCAGGCCAUUUUCCCUAUACUGACUGCAGCUCCACCUCCUGGUGAGCAGGACCCAGAAGAUGAAGAGGACGACAGUGGAGAUGGAACAGAUAAUGAAAGUCCCAAACACUGUGCUGCUCAGAUUAUUGACACUAUGGCUCUUCAUAUGCCUCCAGAGAAACUGUUCCAACAACUGAUGCCCCUUACUCAGACCUGCCUUGCCAGUGAAAAUCCAUAUCAGAGGAAGGGAGGCCUCAUGUGUCUUGCUGUGCUGGCUGAAGGGUGUGCAGACCACAUACGCACAAAGAUGUUAAAAUCAGUGCUGCAAACAGUAUGUCAGAGUCUUUCAGACAGCAGUGAGGUGGUGCGCAGUGCAGGCCUUUUUGCCCUUGGACAAUUCUCUGAACAUUUACAGCCUGAAGUGAGCACGUAUUGUUCAGAAUUGAUGCCUUUGUUGCUGGGAUACCUUUCAUCGUUGAACCAGGCCAAGAUUGGCCACGUCACGAAAGCGUUUUACGCCCUAGAGAACUUCAUGGAGAACCUAGGAGCUGAUAUUGAGCCCUAUCUGCCCACUCUGAUGGAGACGAUGCUUUCUGCUCUGAACAACACUGAUAACCCCAAGAUAAAAGAACUGGCGGUGUCUGCUAUCGGUGCCAUAGCAAAUGCUGCCAAGGAGCUGCUGGUUCCCUACUUCACCCCAGUUAUUGAAAGUUUGAAGGGCUUCCUGACCACCACCACAGAGGAAAUGAGGUCUCUACAAACUCAGUCUUUGGAUACUCUCUCUGUUCUGGCCCGCACCAUUGGCAAAGAUGUCUUCAGUCCUCUUGCUGCUGAGUGUGUUCAACUGGGCCUCAACCUCACCGACACCAUUGAUGACCCUGACCUAAGACGCUGCACGUACAGCCUCUACUCUGCUGUAUCCAUAGUCACCCCUGACUGCCUGACUCCUCACCUCACUGCCAUAACAACUGUAAUGCUGUAUGCCCUGAAGUCCAGUGAAGGCGUCACGGCACACCUUGAGGAGGACAAGACGUUUGUUCUGCUGGACGAUGAUGAUGAUGACGACGAAAAUGAGGAAAAAGAUACAGAGGAUUUUUUGGAAGAUGACAAAGGGACAGAUGUCCAUGAUGUGACUGGGUUCAGUGUGGAGAAUGCCUACAUUGACGAAAAGGAGGAUGCCUGCGAGGCACUAGGAGAGAUUGCCUUCAAUGCUGGUGUUGCCUUCCAGCCCUUCCUGGAGUCCAGCUUCCAGCAGGUUUAUGAGAUGAGAGAUUUUCCCCAUGAGGAUGUUCGCCGGGCAGCGUUUGGAGCCAUGGGGCAGUUUUGCCGAGCUCAGCACAAAGUGUGGAAGGAGAAUCCCACUGAGGCCAACCACCAGGCCCUGUUGAAGUUGUUGGAUAUAGUGGUUCCCUGCUUUUUGGAAACGGUGCGAACAGAGCCCGAGCGUCAUGUUGUGAUGGGUGUCUUGGAAAGCAUGAAUAGUGUCAUCAAGUCCUGCAAAGAGGAGGUUUUCAAAAACCCUUCACGCCUGAAGGAGAUCAGCCAUGCCAUCCGCGAUGUGCUCAAGAAAAAGACCCCGUGUCAGGACAGUGGUGGUGAUGAAGUUGAUGAUGAAGACCAACAGGCAGAGUAUGAUGCCAUGCUCCAGGAGUUUGCAGGGGAGGGAAUCCCCUUGGUGGCCGCCUCUGUUCCUGCAGACAACUUUUUCCCUUUCCUCAAUGACCUGUUGCCUUUCAUCAUGAACAAAGCCAAAUCCUCGUGCACGGUGGCAGACCGGUCCUUCUCUGUGGGCACCAUUGCAGAAAUCCUCCAUGCUCUCAUGAGCGUGUCUGGGGGGCGGGGAGUGGCAGGCCGCCUGUCCAAUCGCUUGCUUCCUGUACUGGUAGCUGGAGCGAAGGACAGUGACCCUGAGGUUCGGAACAACAGCGUGUUUGGACUGGGAUGCCUGGCUCAGGCAGCUGGACCCAUCGUUGUAUCAGACUAUCCCAUGAUGCUGUCUGUGUUUUCCAACCUGCUGUCCAAGGAAUCUGACCUCAGGGUAAUUGAUAACCUGUGUGCUGCCCUCUGCAGGAUGAUCAUGAGCAAUGUGGAUGCUGUCCCUCUGGAACAGGUGUUGCCAGCUUUGGUGGCUCGUCUCCCGCUCAAAGAGGACCAAGAAGAGAACAAUACAGUGUUCAGCUGCCUGGCUAUGCUCUACACACACAGCCCUGCUCUGGUAGUGAAUUUAAUGAAACCCAUAGUUGCUGCUUCCAGUCAUGUCCUAGGCAACAAGGAUGUUGAUAAAGAAAGCCAGAACAUUUCAGUAGCACUCAUGCAAAAGUUUGCCCAGAACCACAGUGCUGAGUUCCAAGCAGCUGUGACCUCACUUCCUGCAGAGCAGAGGGAUAGUCUCAGCGCAGCCAUCAGUGCCUCAUAGCCCACACACACAGAUACAUCCUUCCACUCAACAACCAGAAAAAUUAUACUGUAGGUGGAAAAUGGGACAGUUGUGUGUCAUGUUUCAGCUGAAUGAGUGCAGCACUUCAGCGAUUCUUCAAAAGUUAUUAUUACAUUCAGCAGCUCUUCUUUUUAAUUUAUUUACUAACAUGCAUGCCGUGUUUACAUUUUCUUAUGUUAGGAGUUCCGGUUCACCAUCCUGUGUUUUGUAUUUUGAUUUCCUGCUUUACUAUAAAUCAGUCAAUUUAACCUGUGGAGAAACAUGUGUGUUCUUGCUCCUUUGAACUGCCUUAUUCAGAGAUUUCUUAAUGUUUGUACACAUGCUGAGUUAUUAGUUUUGAAAACAGUUACUUUACCUUUAGUACUCUGCUGAUGCUCAGAAAUACAACCUGUGACCUUACAGAGCCCAAAAACCUAUCACAAAACACAAAUUAACAAGGACAGAAGCUUUUUACAAAUGCUUCAGCAAUGUAAUUCUAACAAGUUAUGCAAUGUCAGUUCAGAAGUAUUUAUCACUAAA